AGAUACACAGAGGAAUCCUGGGGAGAAGAUGGCUUCAUCCAAGCAAAAAAUGGAAUCAGAUGAAAAACAGAAAGGAACAGCAGCAUCUGGCAAAGAAAGUAAGGCAGGCCUUCUUUCGAAAUAUAUUAAGCCCUCGAUUCAGCAAAGAGAAAGUGAUCUCACAGUUUAUGAUCUGGAGUCAUCAAACAUUCUUUCAGAAGGAAAGUAUAAAAAAAUGCAAUUUGGAGUUGAAAACCCACACAAAGCCAAUAAAGUGAUUGUGAUGGUGGGAGAGACGGGAUCAGGCAAAACAACUCUCAUCAACUCUCUGAUAAACUGCAUCCUGGGAGUGGGAUGGGAAGAUAAAUACAGAUACAGGCUUAUUGAGGAAAAUACAGGUAAAUCUAAAACCCAAAGUCAGACGUCUCACGUCACCAUUUACCAGAUACAUCACAUGGAAGGAUUCACCAUCCCAUAUUCCCUGACAAUCCUUGAUACCCCAGGGUCUGGCUCUACAGAGGGUAUUGAUCAGGACAGACUUAUAGCUCAGCAACUGAAGGAUUGUUUUAACCCACACUGGGGAGUUGACAGAAUUGAUGCCAUUUGCUUUGUGGUUAAGGCCUCAGUCACUCGUUUGACAACAAUGCAGAGAUAUGUGUUUGAUUCCAUUAUCUCCCUGUUUGGGAAAGAUAUAAAACAUAAUAUUCUAAUCUGUGUUACGUUUGCUGAUCACACUAAGCCACAAGUUAUACAGGCGCUACUAGAUGCACAAGUGCCAUGUGCUAAAGAAGGCAAUGAUCCAUUGUACUUCAAAUUCAGCAACUCUGAUCUAUACACCAAACGAUCAGGUGAGGACGAAGAUGAUGUUGCAUUAGCCAAAAUAUUCUACAAAAUGGGGAGAAACAGUUCAACAAAUCUGUUCAUGACACUGGGAGAAAUGACCUCACAGAGUCUUUAUAUGACCAAAGAAGUGUUAAAGGAAAGGGAAAUCCUUGAAAUUACAAUGGAAGGGCUGCUGCCGAGAAUCCAGGAGGCCGCAUUAAAGCAACAUGAGCUGGAAAAAACUGAGCGGAUCCUACAGCAACAUGAAGAUGAUAUUAGAAACAAUAGAAAUUUUGAGUAUGAAGAACAAGAAACCAUAAAGGAAAAAAAAUAUGGUAAGGAAAAUGCAAUUAAUUGCCAUAAGUGUGAAAUGACUUGCCAUCACCCCUGCCGGGUCCCAUUUGAUCAUGUGACUGCUCUGUGUGAGGUUUUCACCUGGGGGAGAGUCUGUACCGUGUGUGGGCACAAUGCUGGCAUGCAUUACUGUGAGAAUCACAUUUGGGAAAGUAAAGUAGAAACUAAGAAGAAAACUUACAGUGCCCUGAAAGAGAAAUAUGAGAGAGCCUGUGAGGGGAAGUCAAGCAAGGAAACUCUGUAUGAAAUGCUAAGCGGAGAAAUCAGGGCUUUAGAGGAAAAGCAAAUGAAACUCAUUGAAAAAGCUGCUACUUGCCUCGGGCGCCUGCGGGAAAUUGCCCUAAAGCCUGAUCCGCUCUCUGCUCCUGAUUAUAUCGAUCUGCUCAUUAAUGCAGAGAAACAUGAGGCAAAGCCCGGAUAUAGGGAGAGAAUUACAUCAUUGGAAAAGGCCAAGCGCAAGGCUGAGAAACUACAGGAAAUUGAAAAAAACAGCACCUAAUUUUUCAAUAAUUAUUUCUCUUUCUGUUAUUUACAGACAUUUAUGUUUGGUUCCAUGUUUUAUGCUAAUCAAAAGCUAAUUAUGAACUGAUUGAUUGUAUAUUAUGCUGAUAUGUAGGUUCAGUAAAUGGGCAAAGGUUCAGUAUAUGGGUAAAGCAAGCACAGAAACCCACAUACAUAAGCCUGUGCUAACAUUAUGCAUCUAUCUGACAAACAUCUCAUUUUUAUAAUUAAACUAUAGCAUUAAGGAGAACUAAAGGUAUAAUUACUGGGGGGUGACAAAAUGUUAGGCACCCCCAUUGAUAAUAAUCGCUUACCUGAUACCCUGUUUCUAAAAACUGCCCCAGCCUGGGUGUUUCUGUAGAAUCUCAUAUCUUCUUCAGCUUCAUCUCCUGUUUGCCCAACUCACCCUACUGCUGAUGUGCCUGACUGGGACCAGAGAAAAAAAGAAAGAAGAAGAAGUGUAGGAAGAUAGAGGUGAAUAAGUUCCUACAGAAACACUCUGAGCUGGUGCAGUUCUAACAAACAGGAGCACCAUCCCAGGGGAUUGGGGUCAGACUGUCUGACUGGGUUUGUUGGAAUCAGACAUUCUGCCGAGUCCAAAAUAGGUCUUUCUGCUGCAAACUAUCAAACUAAAAGCUGUGCUAUGAAAUUUCUGAAAAUUGUCUCCAAGCUUGCAUUUUACCCCAUGAUAUGCCCCACAUUUCUUACCAUACCGAUAUAAACUAUCCUAUAUAUCUAUGGGUAUUGAUAGUUUAGUAUAUCCAUGUGCAAUGUACUUAGAUAUGCCAAACUAUUUGACAUACAGAGGCACCCAGCCAUUUUUAUAAAAAUCUACUUUAUCAGUAUGUGCCAUUGGGUAAUCCUAAAUAGGAAACUGCCAUUUUAGGUACU